AUGCCCCCGAACAUCCCCGGCGCCCGAAAGGGUGUUCGUCCGCAACGUGGCUCGCGAAAAGCCAACGCGCGCGGUCGCAGGCUCUCGUCGAAGAAGUCGAACGGCGACAGCGGCGACUCACGCGGUUCUCGCAGAGGUUUCGGCUUGCUCGCCCUCCUCGCCGCCGUUGUCGCCGCCGUUGUCGCCGUCGUCGUUCGCGACCGCACUGAGCACGAGCGCGACAGCAAGCGCAUUCGUGACCGUCUUAGAGCGAAGCCGAGAGUGAUGAGCGAGCACGCGGCGUGUAGGAUGGAGUGCCGGUUCAUCAGCGAGCGGGACGUCGAGCGCACGCUGGAGGUUGGAAAGUUAGACACGCGGCACAGCACGCCGAGCGCCCGGCCAUGUCCGAAAUGGGCGUUGAAUGACGGACGCGUGCGGGCGAUAUGGGCCGACUGCUCGUCCGGUGCGAAACUGGUAACGGUGAUUGACACGGAGACGGACCAUCCAUGCGGACCGUGUUAG